GGCCAAAUCAUUAGCAGCGCACAAAAUCAGCUGGCUUUUAUAUUAUGUGUCGCUGACAUGUGGCGGUCCUAAAGUGGUAAAUGUGCGAAAAUUCCGCCGCCGUCUUCUUUCUCCGGCCAAGGGCCACCCAGGAUCCAGUCGACUGAUUCCGUCGCCAUUGUUAGCUGAUACUGGAGAUCUCCCUGCCCUAGAUUAUCAGAUUAAUCUUCCUCACUCAUCAGUUCCUUUUGUGAAACGGACACUAUCUCGGUGCCUCCGCUGCUUGAAUUUACUGUUUUUUCCCCCUUAUUUCGCCCGAAUCUGUUCCCAUCUGUGCUGUGCAAAAUGGAAUGGCUUUUAGUCUUUCUUUUCACCGGAGCUCUUGAUCCGUACGGCAUCUUAAAUUUUGCUGAUGAAUCGACGAGGAAAGCCGAGGAAGAGGCGUUGGCGGAUAACUUGGGAUAUGGUUGGUCCUUCGCUUGUAUAGUUUACUUAGAAUGAUUUUGUGUGACUAGAUCCUUAUGCGAUUAGAUCCAGUCUCCAUGAUUUGAUUAUCAUAGCCUGGGUACCAUAAUAUGCUCCAUAUCCACAUGAUUUUGAUUCUCUGACGGUUGUGCGUAAUAGCAGUAUGAUGAAGCAGAUGUUAAUUCUCUGACGGUUGUGCGGCAGCAGCAAUCUUAUUGCGUGUUUGGCAAAACAAACAUCAGUUUGGGGAGUCAGAUGCGAGUUACUUGAACACAUAUACAGAUACUGAUCCCAUGAACCGAUUAGUGGGAUUCAGAUUACACAGAUGCUUCUGUAGAGUCUGAUUUUGAUGGAGCAGUUGACAUCAAUCGCAAUAUGCAGCAAUCACGUCAUGCUGACCAAAGUGUAUUGAUUUAGUAGAGAAGAUAGAUCCAUGUAGAUGUUCUCGUAAUUGAGUCUAAUCACCUAGUUUUGCCACCUCUUUGCAAGUUCAUCAAUGAAUGUGCUGAUGCUUAUUGCUGAACUCUGUAUAUGGGCUGUUACUUUACCUUCUGAAGUUCUGCUUGCCUGUGCCUUCUAAACAUAUGUUCCAUCUGAUGACUCCGCCUGUCUCCAGUUUGCCUCCUUUCAGGAAAUUAGCCAUCUUGAGAUGACAAGAUCUGAAAGUGACAUAUUAAACAAUCACAGUAUGAAGAAAACAAGCAAAAUCAUUGAUAUACUCAGAAGUCAGAAGUCUACAGCGAAUCAAAAGCUACUAGGGUACACAUUAUAGUAGUUGGACAUAAUCUAGUUCUAGUAGUCACUUGUCUUGUAUAUUUGACUAGUCUCCUCCUCUCGGCCUCUCCCCCAUUGUCUCAUGGAUAAACUUCAUUUGGCAGUUCUGGUUCUUCCCGUCCUUCUUGGGUUAGCUCUGUUAUACAUUUGUGACAUCGUAUGGCUAAGGCCAGAGAGGAUAAGAAGGAGAUGGAGGAAGCAGGGUGUAAGGGGUCCCAGACCUACUUUGCUUUUUGGAAACACCCAGGAGAUGAAGAAGAUCCGACAAGAUCUUGCGCCUGCGCAGAAACAAGACACCAAUAACUACGUAUACACCCUCUUCUCUCACUUGCUUGUCUGGACAAAAACAUAUGGGUCGGUGUUCCUCUAUUCAAUAGGAACUGUGGAUAUUCUGUAUAUUUCUGACCCUGCCAUGGUCAAGGACAUGAGCCACUGCACAUCAUCACAGCUCGGGAAGCCUAUUUAUCUACAGAAAUCUCGCAAACCGCUCUUUGGCGAAGGUAUCUUGAUAUCGAAUGGCGAUAUAUGGGCCUAUGAGAGGAAGAUCAUUGCACCGGAGCUCUUCAUGGAGAAGAUUAAGGUCAUGAUAGGACUAAUCGUGGAGGCUUCUGUCCCAUUGUUGGAAGCAUGGGAAAGCAUGCUUGACAACUCAGGAGGGAUUAGAGAGAUAGAUGUUGAUGGAUAUAUGCGGAACUUCUCCGCAGAUGUAAUCGCCAGGGCGUGUUUCGGGAGUGAUUUCGCAACAGGCGAAGAAAUAUUCUCCAAGCUAAGGCAGCUUCAGAAGGCGAUUUCUCAGCAAGAUUCACUUGUUGGACUAUCUGCACUGUGGAAGUACUUACCAACCAAAAGCAAUAAAGAAAUGCGAGAGCUGGAGCAAGAAGUCCGGUUACUCAUCCUGGAUGUUGCCAGACGCGAGGGCAGCAGCAGCAGUAACAGCACCAUCUACAUGCACACUACCCACAAUGACCUUCUGCGCUCGAUUGUUGAUGGCGCUCAGCAGUGCCCCAGCUACCCUGGCACUGCCGAGGACUUCAUCGUCGACAACUGCAAGAAUAUGUACUUCGGUGGUCAUGAGACCACUGCGAUCACUGCUACCUGGUGCCUAAUGUUACUCGCCACACACCCAGAGUGGCAGGACCGUGCCCGUGCCGAGGUUCUAGAUGUGUGCUGUGGAGACACAGCAAUCGAUUUUGACGUCCUUCGGCGCCUGAAGACAAUCACCAUGGUGAUCCAGGAGACGGUCCGACUGUUCCCUCCAGCGUCACUUAUGGCGCGCGAAGCCCUGACAGACGUCAAGCUCGGAGGCCUCGACAUCCCACAGGGAACAAUCAUCCAGACUGGCAUUGCUGUGGUGCACCUUGACAGGGACAUUUGGGGCCAGGAUGCCGGCGAGUUCCGGCCAGACCGGUUCAUGAACGGUGCCGCCGCAGCGUGCAAGCCGGCGCACAUGUAUAUGCCGUUUGGGCAUGGGCCAAGGUCCUGUCCAGGGCAGCACCUGGCGGUGGUGGAGCUCAAGGUGUUGCUCGUGCGCCUGCUGAGCAAGUACAGCUUCUCGCCGUCACCAGGGUACCGGCACGCGCCGCUGUUCAGGCUGACUAUUGAACCCGGGUUCGGCAUGCCGCUCGUGGUCACAAGGCUUCCAUGAUCUCUGGCUGUCAGCAGGAACGAACCACGCCUAGAUGUUUGUGAUCAGCAAGGCGGUGGUUGUGUGCAUCUUAGAAAACAGAGGACGUGAGUGAACUCCUGUUCCUGUGCUUGUAUCAACUCAACUCGACGUUGAGAUCAGUGAAGCUUCCGUUUUCAGGAAAAAUGCCUGUGUCGAUACAUUCCGCUGCUAAAGAUUCGGCAAGUUCAGACAGAUUUGGCAAAAUAAAGUACAGCUACUGGUGUUCGCGGAACUUUGUAUGUUCUAUGCAUGUACUAGUACUAACCCAAAAACAAUAUACUACCUCAA